GAACAGUCGUUGGAACACAUGUUUCCUUAACGUAGAGAACAUACCAACGAUCAUACUGGUCGACGAAUCUCUUUACUGCCAACCCAGCAUGACUAUUCACAUUCGUAAUUCAGACACGAAAUAUCAGCGAGUUGGGUAAACACCAUAGAAGCUCCGAACAUGCCAAGCGAUUACCGGACAUAACCUACGGUAUUAGGUAGAAAUUACUUCUGUGAAUAAACGGAAACCAUGGAGAUCCAGCUAGCAUGUGAACUUCCUCGAGUCCAGACUAUGGUUCAUGUUCAAGGCUCCGCGAAGCCAAGACUCGUCACUCCGGGAGAAGUGAUUUAUCAGGAUACGAGUUUUAUGAGGGGUCAUGGCACUUACAUGGAAGAAGGAGUUCAGGUUGCAUCAGUUGCAGGAUAUGUAACCCGAGUUAAUCGUCUCAUCACUGUCACCCCCCUGCGGCAAGUGUAUCAAGGUGCUGUUGGUGACACUAUUGUUGGACGUAUCACACAGGUUCAGACUAACAGAUGGAAAGUAGAUGUUAAUUCCAGGCUGGAUGCUGAGCUUCGACUGUCAAAUAUUCAGUUACCAGGAGGAGAGCAACGUCGUAGUAAUUUGGAGGAUGAACGUGGCAUGAGAGGAUUACUACGGGAAGGAGACCUUGUCUGUGUUGAAGUUCAGAAGAUUAGUGAUGAUGGAUUGUUAAGAUUGGCUGCUCGUAGCAUCAAAUAUGGAAAGCUAUCACAAGGAACACUCCUAGCUGUAUCACCAUCACUUAUUGUCCAAGACAAGCAGAGAAUGCACGACCUCCCUUGUGGUGCACGAGUUGUGUUUGGAGCAAAUGGAUAUGUGUACAUUACUCCAACAGUACCACAAGAACAAGCAUCAACUUAUACUGUCAACUUUGAAGAGGUCCCAGUUGAUAUUCGUAAAACAAUUGGACGUCUUCGGAACUGCAUCAAACUCUUAGCAAUACAUUCCAUUAUGAUAUCCCCAACAAGUGUAACCUCUGCAUUUGAUAUAUCUGUUGAACAGGAAUAUGAGGUAAGUCCUACUAUACUUCCGGCAAAGGUUGAUAAUAAAUUAGACAAGUGGUUUGCAAUCAGUGGGUCACAAAGCCCUGAUGGAAAUAUAUGGCUGAUUAUGAAGGCAUUU